UCAGAAUAACAAUGGGACACAUAUUAUAGUUAACUAAACAAAGGCUUACAGUGCCUGGGCCAUAUACUCAUGAAAUGGACACUAAGCAUAGGCUAAAGAUUCAGAAGAAUUAUACGUAUCUGUUGGAGGAAUUGCGUGCUCAAGACAUUGUGGACAACUUGUACACAGAUUGUGUCAUUGAACAUGAUGACUUGCAACGAAUAUCAUCUGAAGUAACAGACAAAGACAAAGCAAAAUGUUUGAUAAACAUUUUAUACACCAAGGAAAGAGCCUUUGUAGCUUUUUUAGAGGAAGUUGGCAAAGAUCGACCUGAUAUAAAGGAAAAAAUUCAGCAAACGGAUGUUGGAGAAGAACUCGGAAAAGAGAAAGAAAGGAGGAUUGAGUUUUUGAAAAAAGUGCUGCAAAAAAGGUAUCGUCUGACAGAGGGAAAGACUAUUGCAGAACCAGAUCUUUUAAAGGAUAUUUCGUUUGAGUACUGGUGGGAAGGAAAAGGGGACGUAACACAAAGUACAAAGACCGACUUGGCAGAAUGCAUUCAAACAUUGUAUCCAACCUCAAUAAGAAAGAGAGUGACAAAAAAGAACAAAAAAAUAUGGAGAUACACCAAUAUUGAACGGAGAGAGUCUGAGAUAUCAGAGGAUGAAGAAAGUGUCACAGAUCCUGAAUUGGUUUCAAAUUCUGAUGGAGCUGAUUCCUUCCAUGAUGCCUUACAUCCUACAAUUCUAUUUAAAGAUAUUAAGCCAUCUGACUUAAAAUCUGUUCUUGCACCAUUUUGCGAGAAGGAGGGUAUUGAAGCCAUUCAUCUAGAAGUCUUUGUGCGAGAAAAAAUUGAUGGUAAAGUUUUUGAGGAAUGUGAUAUUACAGAUUUAGGGCAUUUAUUUAGAGAUAUGCCUUUUGGUGAUAGAAAAAGACUUCUGCGCAUAAGAAAUGCAAUUCUAGAGGAAGAAUCCAAAAAGGGUCCCUACCUUGUUAUCCCAUCCAGUGGUUCCGAAGCAAUGGAAGGCACAGACACUUCUCUAAUUUGCCAGAACAGAGUUUUAAGUGAAAGUGAAGAAAAUGACCCAGAGACAAAAUUCAAAGAAAUAUUUCGAACAUUUGAUACACUAGCAAAACCAACAGAUGCUUAUAGAAGGCAUGCAGUACUCACAACAAGUAACUUUUACAUAUCUGAUUUAAUAGAACCUUUGCAUAGCUUCAGGCAUAGAGAUGAUCAGGAUCAGUCUUCACUAAUGAAUUGGAUAGCAGAGGAAACUAUCAAAUUUGCAUGUGCUUGUUUUUCUGGGAGGACAAACGGCACAAUUCAUUUUGGAAUUGUAGAGAAUACUGAUAAAGAUGGUCUUCUUGAAGGAAAGGUAGCAGGCUUGUAUAUUAACCAGUCAAGAUUCAUGGAGGUUUUUUAUGACCAAAUUAAACAAGCUUUCUACAAGGACCAAUUAGGCAUUGUUUUACAGUGUUUAAGACCACCCCAGUUUGUCAGUGUGAGGCAUAAAGUGUUAUCAAAUGAAGAAGCAGAACCCCUAUUUGUAGUUGAAAUUGAUGUUGUACCAAAUUACAGUCUGACGAAUCAUGACACUUUCUACAUUCGAGAGAAGAAUGUUCCAAGAAUUUACAACUUUGACAGAAAUGUACCUAAAGUUUUGCUAGAUGAAGAUUUGAAGAAUUAUAUGGAAUCAAAACCAAAACUUGCAGAACAUAGGAAACGCAAGGAAGAGGAGUCUUUGCCAUCAGAGACAAAUGUAAAUUUACGAGAACAAUUUUUGAAUUUCUACACUGCAGGAAGUGAAAAACUCACAAAUGACAUAUACCCAAUUCUUUUUCUCAGCCCAUUAGACAGUGCAAUGAAUGAAGAUUUUGUGUCGGAAAAUUUUGAAUUUUUGCUCAACAUGGAACCAACAGCAAUAUUUGACUUUCACUCAAGUCUGGAUGGAAAAUGCUUAUACAAUUUUGUAGAGGCUGAUUUGCAAAGAGUUGUAAAGGUUUACACAACAGAUAAUUUUGACAGAAAUAGUGAAGAAAAUGCCAGUAAUCCGGAUAAUUUAAACAAUGUUCUGGAGGAGCUAAGUACAAGUCAACUCAAGCCUUGGAUAUUUUGCAAUGGGUAUGAACCUCUUCGGAAAAUUCCGUUAAACAGAUUGGAGUGGAAAAAAAGAAGAAGUGAAGGGUUCAAAGAAGUAACAAGAUUUUUACAGCAAGAAAUACCAAAUGAGAGGGCUUUGGUAGUUUUUCUUAUUCUCUCAAAGAAUUAUGACAUCAUGCUUGAGAUUGCAGAGGAAGUUAUCCUUAAGUUCCAGAAUCAGUGGAUUGCAAUGUCAGAGAAUGAGAAAUUGAUGGAAAAUUGGCGAGAUGAGUUAUUGCGAAGGGACAGUGUGGACAAGAAAACUUUGAAAGAAAGGUGUAUCAUUGGUUUACCCUGGAAGCACGUAAAUAACAUUGUCAAGGAAGUGAGUAAUUUUUUACCAAAGGUAUCUAAAUGUCAGCUCCCAACAUCAGCAGGGGCAUUUUGUUAUUUAAAGGAAAAAAUUCGAAAUGAGCUCUGUGAUCUUGAAAUUCUUAGCAGUAAUGAAUGCGAAAUCGAUGAUAUUUGUCAUGACACUCACAAGCUUGAAAAUCAUCGACGAUUUAUGGAGGAAAAAUUCUACCAAGGCGGGCAGGUGACUUGGUGGAACUUGUAUUUUGAAGAUAACCAUGUCUUACGACGAAGUCAGCAGGAAAAAAUUCAACAAGGUGUAGAAAAACUUCUUCAGCCAAAUCAGAGAUUUGAAGACACCCGAGUACCAUGUUUCUAUUUGUUUCAUCAACCCGGUGCAGGUGGAACAACAACAGCACAUCAAAUAUUGUGGCAAUUCAGGAAAAGUUACAGGUGUUCUCUGAUUAGAAAAAUUACAGAUCAAACUUGCAGUCAAAUAGAAAGGUUGAAAUACUUCGAAGACCCCAACAACCCAAUGCCACCUAUUCUUCUUAUUGAUAAUGGCGAUGAGGAAAAAGUUCAAGAUUUACAUGCUCGCUUGGAAUACAAAGCUCGGAUAUCUUGCAAAAAUGACACAAGGGCAAUUUACUGCCUCUUAUUUCUAUGCAUUAGGCGAGCAAACCUCCCCACUUUUACUGACAGCCAUACAGUUCAGCUAAAACAUGAACUGUCCACAAAGGAGCUGGAGUGGCUGAGAAGGAAGUAUCAAUCCUUGGAUGAAAUGUUCAGGAACAACAAUGGAGUCGAUCCAAAACUUCUCAUUUCAUUCAAUAUUUUGAAAGAAAAUUUUGAUAGAAACUACAUCCAGCGCACAGUUAAGGAGUUUGUCGACAGUAUUGAUAUACAAAAAGAGAUGUAUCUUAUAAAGUAUCUGUCUCUCAUCAACUCUUACGACAUUGAUUUUCAGUCUGUGCCUUUGAGUGCAUUUGACACUUUGAUGGAGGAAAGAAAGAAGGGCAGUGGCAGUGUUCUUUACUCUAUGGGUAGCGUUUCUGCAUUUUGCGGCAGACGAAGGCAUCCUUCAAAUUUGUACAGGAAUUGGGAAAGCACUCUUAGCCAAUCGACGGAGGUUCUUCUCAAUAGAAAUGCUCGAGUUUCUACUGGUGGCCAGGCACUGUCCAUAAUUAGUAAACUCUUUGCAAAAGCUAUACUGGACUACAUCGUCAUGAAAGAUAGUUUGUCGAUUGGUGACAUUAUGAUAGAAUUUCUGCGUCAUCCCCUCUUUAUUGCUGAGAAUGCAUCAGUCAGACAGCUAAAAAAAAUUGUACAAGAUGUUUUGAAAAAAAGAGAAUUUACAGAAGACCAAAAGAAAGAAAAGUUCUCUCCAAUAAUAUUAGAAAUUAAUGAAAAGGAAGGAAAAGACAAAGUAGCAGAAGUGCUUGAGACUGGAUAUGAAAAAACUAAAGAUCCCAUGCUUGCACAACAGAUAGCCAGAUUUUACAUUCAUAGUGCUAACUGGGGAAAAGCAGAGGAAUUUGCCAAAACUGCAGUACAAAGCAAACCUGACAAUUCAUACCUCUGGGACACUUAUGGUCAAAUAUACAAGACGCAAUUAACACUCAAGUAUAAAGCGUAUCUAGCUGAUUGUGAAGCCCCAAAUAAUUCAGAAAUACAAGAGAUUGUAAAACUGGCAAUGAAAGGAAUAGAAAAAUUUUCAAAGGAACAGAUAGUAAGUGAGGAAUCACGGUUCAGCAGGGAAAAUGAUGCUGGCUAUUUUGGAGAAGUACGUCUCAUCGUUCAGCUUCUUGAUUUGAUUUUCCUAUGGUUCCCUGGAAAAGAUGAAAAAAUGGAUUUACAUAAAUAUCUGGUAAAUAUGAAUAAUUCAAAAGAAUUCGAAAUUUUUUCAGGGGAAGCCCUAGAGUUCCUGAAAGAUCUUCAGGAACGCUCGGAAAAGACUAUGCAAGUCAUAGAAGACAAGCUUGCACAACUUAAAAAUGAAAAAGAUGGAGAAAUUUUAAAACUGAAUGUAAGCUACAAUCCAAGGUACGAACUUGUUCAGCUUCGAGAGAAUCUUGAUAAUUAUUUUGGAGAACAGACGGGUGAAAUACCUGAUCAUCUUUCUCCAGAGGCAAAAGCGUCUUACAUAAGACGAAGAGUUAAACGCCUCGGUGGUCGAUCUUCAUCUAGUAUUUUGGAUUUGAGAAACACACCAGAUGGAGAAACUCGUUUAAAUGAAAUGGCGUUAAAGCUUUCAUAUAACAUUAUGUCACAGUAUGCUAAGGCUUAUGAUUUUGUAACUCUGAUAACGGUGACCCUUGUUCAAAAUAUGACCCGAAAAACAUUCCGUGAGGAAGAUUUUAAAAAUCUCGUAGAGUGGAGUAGAAGAGCAUACGAUUUGACACUGCGUCUGGGUGAUGAUGAGCGACCACAAUUGGAAGCAUUCAUGUACUUUGUAAUGAUCCAUUGGCCAACCGAACAUAAAAUGAAGAGUAAAUUAUAUAAAAUCAAUCCUGUUGAAACUGUUGAAGAAGCGAUUAGAAGAUGGAAAAAUGCAUUCAACAGAUUAUACCCAAAACAAAAGGAAGAAGCUUUUCGUCGAAGAGAAACAACAUACUAUUUCCUUGGGAAGGGAAGAGGUUCUAGUGGGAUUGUUUAUUAUAAAGACAUUAGAUGUAAACAAACAUACAUAGAUGGUGAAGCUCUGUGGCGAUCAAAACCGGUAAAAGAAAUGCUCCAACAAUUGAAGGGAACAUUACUUAUGGAUGGAUGGGAGAUAUUAUAUACUGUUACAAGUCCAAACGGCAACAAAUCCUUCAUAAAAGUAAAAAACAGUUACCCCAGCCCAAGGAGUAUGUGGCAAAAGAGUGUUGUAUUUUACCUUGGAUUCAGUUGGAGUGGACCAAAGGCAUACAUACAAAAAGAUCCAAAUACCCAAGAUGAUAUGACAUUGAAAGACAUACAGAAGGGGGAAGACGUUACUGCUGCAAAACAAUCAAACCAAACCAAAGCGAACAACGCCGUACUAAAUUGGCAAGAUGUUGCUACUCAUGAGGCAUAUUUAAAUGCUGUAAGAAAGAUCAACCAACAGUUACAAGAGAUUGAAAGUCUAAAGAAAAGAAAAGAUAAAGAUUUGAAUUCGAAACAGAGGGAAAUGUUAAAGAAAGAAGCUCGUCUGAAAGAAGAAAAGAACGAUUUAUAUGAGAGACGCUGUAAAUAUGUGGAUCGCUCUUAAUUACUGCUGUUUGAUGUCAGUAUCGUCUUGUGUAGUGCAUCGUUCCAUUAUUUUGUAACCAAAGUAAUUGCCUUAAGUGAAAUAAGAGAGGUUCUUCUAAAUGUUUUUCUUUUGAUUAUCACAAUUAUGAUUGCAUGUCUACCUUUCUGGGAAAUGCUGAGCGCUUCUGUUUUAGUGAUUUUGUAUUUUUAAAACCUGUUGGAUUGUUUUAUCCCUAAAAUUUGGAUAUCUGUUGUUGCCUGUACAUUGAUUUGGUAUUCUGUAAUUCACAACAUUGAAUUUCUUAACUAUAAAAUAACUUUUCGCUUUUAAAGGCAGAUUAAUGUUUAGCUCUAUUGGCCAGAGGCAAGAGCUUAUGCAUUAGUAAGGUGUCCUUCGUCCAUCCGUCUCUCCGUUAGUCUAGCUGUUCUUCUGUAAACAUUUCUUCAAAAUGCUUAUCCUACUAGAUUUUGCUCUGAUUUCUAUGAAAUUCACUACACAAGUAGACUAAAUAAAAUACAUAAUUCUUGAACAGUGUCUGAUUUCGAGGAACAAAGUUGCCAUGGUUACUAAAAUAGAAAUUUCUGUGAAAUUCUUUAAAUAUACUACCCCUCCUACAGUUUUGGUCCAUUUUCAAUAAAUAUGGUACAAAACUAGACAACACUGAAAUAUACUGUAACUGUACAUUAUUCUCUACAGGUUUUUGAUUCGUUAUUGAUUUUUUUCUAACGCUGUUGCCAUGGUUUCUAAAAAUAAAGAAAAUUCUUUUUAAGAACUCCUCCUACAGGUUUGGUAUAAUUUGCCAUACAGAGUCCUUCUUUUCCCUUCUUUUUGUAAUAAGUAAAAAGCAGUAGUGCUACAGUUUCAUCAGGGACUUCUCCUUUUAAUUUAGACUGUAUGUUAUCAAACAAUUUUCUUUUUAUAUAUAUAAAAAAAGGUUAAGAAAAGUUUUGAUAAUGAAAACCUGUACAAUUUAUUCCCUGCU